CUGCGCGUACUUCCUGGACUCGGCCCAUCGUGUUUACAUAACAGCAAAGCUUCUUUUCAGUUGUCUCAUCGCUGCCGUUCCUGUUUCACAGCUCGCAUCGCCAUGACGUGGAAGAUUGUUUUCGCUCUGCUUUCAGCUCUUUUAGCUGUGGAGGCCGACAUGAUGGUCGGCGGCUUCAGGGACAUAGACGUCAACAACGAAGGUGUCCAGAAUGCGCUGAACUUCGCGGUUGUCCAACACAACCGGAAGAGCAACGACGUCUACCUCAGACAGGUGGCUCAAGUGGUCAAGGCUCAAGUUCAGGUGGUUGCAGGCUUGAAGUACGUCUUAACUGUGAAUCUGGAGAAGACCAGCUGCAGAAAGGACCGGGCUAACGAGCAGUGCGACGCCCAAAGAAAGUCAGCUGACGCUCAGCCCUACCAGUGCAAAUUCACCGUGUGGGACCGCCCGUGGAUGAACGACAUCAGGGUCAUCGAUGAAAAAUGCUAGAAAGGAAUCUUCUCAGCGCCGUUGGCAGAUCAAACUUCAUCUAUUAAAACGCAUUUUAUGUUUAGACGAACAAACGUAGCCAUAACAGUCUUAUUUCUUCACUUUCUGUUUCGAAUGCUUUUAGAACUCUGACUAUAGCUCCAACAAGGAGGAGGCAGAGAAGUAACAAAACUGAGUUGUUCAUUUAAACUUGUAAAACCUACACAGUUUUAGAAUAAAGCUGCUUUUGAACUUUUA